CGCACGCGCACCGGGGCCUCCGCCAUGGCGACUGUGCUGUCCAGGGCGCUCAAGCUCCCCGGGAAGAAGAGCCCAGACCUAGGGGAGUAUGACCCCCUCACACAGGCCGAUAGUGACGAGAGCGAGGAUGAUCUUGUGCUCAACUUGCAGCAGAAGAAUGGAGGGGUCAAAAACGGGAAGAGCCCUCUGGGAGAAGUGCCAGAGCCUGACUCCGAUGCCGAGGCUGUGGGGGCUGUAAAGCCACAUCUUUCAGAGGUCGCCACAGAGGGGUACCCCUCGGAACCUCUUGGGGGCCUGGAGCAGAAGGCAACCUCUUCCAUCAUGUCUUAUGUGCGCACCUCUGUGUUUCUGCUAACUUUGGUCAUCUCCAUGAUCCUGGUGCUCGUAUGUGCUUUCCUGAUCCCCUGUCCCCCCCGAGAUCUGCACAGCACUUGGAGCCGCCACCUGGGCCUGCAGGGAGGUGCGGACCUAUCUCCAUUGGAAUUGGCUGAUGUGAAUGGAGAUGGCCUGCGUGAUGUACUUCUUUCCUUUGUAACUUCAAGGAACGGGAGUGCAACUGGUGUCUCAAAGCCAGCUGCUAUUCUGGUGUGCCUUUCGGGGAUGAAUGGCAGCACACUCUGGUCAAGUACCUUCCCCGAGGAGGCCCGGGAUAUAACAUGUUUGGAUCUGAUGCCAGGAAGCGUGGCUGAAACCAUCUGCCUUGUGACAGGGACACACAAGAUGCUCAGUGCAUUCAAUGCGACAUCAGGGAAAGCCAUUUGGACUUUAAACCCAACCUACUUAUCCAAUGGUACCCUGGCUGCCCCAGGGGUGGUGCUGCCGGACUUGGAUGAAGAUGGCGUUAGAGAUCUUGUCGUUCUGGCCAUCGGGGAAUUGCAGCCAGAUCUGUGCUUUCUGUUGGUGUCUGGCCGGACAGGGAGUCCCGUGGGCCGACCCGUGAAGUACAACAUCGUGGGAGUGGGGAAUCUGAUUGGUCCUCAGGUUUAUGUCACCACAAAUGGGGCUGUCUACAUCCUGUUUGGCUUUGGAAAUAUCCAAGCUGUCGCCCUGCGGGACAUUUUUGUUCAGGCCCAAAAUCGAGACAGCUUACCACCUUCUCUGCAGAUAGAAGAGCCAGAAUGGGAGAAACGAAGAUCCAUCAACCUGUCUGAGCUCAUUGACAUUUACAGCGACGGUGUUGAGCUACUCCAGAUGGUGAAGGCACCUGAUUCCAACAGCAGCAACCUCCUGAUUACAACCAGACAAAGCCUCGUCCUGCUUCGGGGGCAAAAUCUUACACCUUCCUGGACACUGAGCCUGCAAGGCCUGCACAGCCAGCCUACUCCUGGGUAUUUCACGGACGAUCAGACCUUAGACUUCCUUCUCCAGAUACAGGAUGGAGUUGGGAUGAAAAAGAUGAUGGUGGUGGAUGGGGACUCAGGCUCCAUUACCUGGAGUUACAGUGCUCCCUGUCACAUGAAAGAGACGCCAACCACGUCAGCAGUUACUUCGGACCAGAAGUCAGUCUUCCUCUUCUGGGCUGAAGGGAUGUCAGCUGCAUCUCCCAGUUCUGAUGUCAUCCCAGGAACUGGGCCACCCAGCCUUCACCACCUUUACCUCCUGCAUCCAGCAUUCCCCUCCAUCCUUCUGGAUCUGGCCAAUGCCACGGGCACAGUGAUGGCUUCCGAGGUUGGAAUUAACGACCUCUGGAAAGAUGCCUUUUAUGUUACCAGGACAACAGGGCCAAGCUCUGAAGGCCAUCCGGCACCCCUGGUGGUUAGCAAGCUUAGUCUGCGGUGGGCACUGAUGGAAGGCCAGGUGGUGCAGCUCGAGGACACCACCCCCAAAAUCGGCCGUGGGGAGCUUCGAAGAUCCCUCUCUAGGAUAAAGUUUGUUGAUCCUCCCCACCAGAUAUAGUCUGAGGAAUCUUCCAUCUCAGAAGAAGUGAACAGAGUGGUACCAUCUCUCUCCCAGCAGCAUCACGUCAGUUCUUUGGAGAGAAGGAAGACUUCAACCUCACUUCACCGGCUCUGCGUGAUUGUCACAAAGCACUCUGAGGGCGCAUUCUCGGAUGACAGCACCAUCCGUUUGGCUGGGGUGUCUGACCUACCUUCCCAGUCCCUGCAUUAACCCCCUCUAGGCACUCCACGGAUAGUUUGGAAAUGUGACUCUCACGGUGUAUUUUUUGUGUGUCUAAUUUAUAAACUCCUGCUGGGAAAUUCCGGUGAGGUUCUUCCCUGGAACAUUUUGUUUUGCGUUACGCCACCUGUGUGUAUGUGUUGGUAUUGGGAUGACAUAAGUUUCUCGAUCUGUUCUAAGCUCUAGGGGCCCAGUUUCUUGUCCUUCUGAGAUAACACUCGGCUGGUUUGAGACUUAGGACUUCCAGUGCCCUGCCUCUGAUCGGGGCCACUGGUCCUUUCCCUCCGUGUUCUCUCACCGCCUGUACCUUGGCUUCUUCCCACCCUAGUGGCAGGGAGACACAGACAGUGGGAGGCCGAGGGAGCCAUCCUUGCAUUCCCAUCUUUUAUCUUCCAUAGCCUCCCGCCUCCCGAACUUUCCAUCUCUACACACCCGGUGACCAUGAGCACCACCACAUUCCUGUCGGAAGGGGAGCAAGAGCAUCAGAGUUUGUGAGCAGCCUCUGUGGGGUCCGUGUGGCAUUGCGGGGCCCUGAUGGGCCUGGCCAGCAUGGCCUUUUCCCCGCAGUAACUUCUGAAGCGCUCGUGGGCGCGCUGCCCUGGCUCUGUGAAGUCAGGAACCGUUCAGCCAGGUCGCUUAUCCCGGCCUCAUCUCCACUCUGCUCUCUUGGUCUCCUGGCAUCUCCUGUGGGCUGUCCUCCAUCCUGCCUCUCAUUUGCCCUCUUUUAUUCAGAGGUGUUUUUGCUUUGCUUGCAUGAGAGCAAAGCUGUUUCUGGAUUUUUAUUCCUGCUCCUUGAGUCCCAUAUGCAGCCAUUUUGCCUGCACAUCUCCUUCCUUGUAGAGCCUUGGAAAACACUGUACUUUGAGAAAAUUCCUGUGUAAUUACUCUAACUUUUAUAAUUGGUUAAGUUCUUUAGAAUUAUCUCCAGUGCUUACUUCUCCCUUCUUCCAUAAAUGUUGCUUCUAAUAAGUUCUCUCCUAAACUUCUAGGUCAUUGUUUUUAUAGCAGAAAAUCCCACGUUAGCUGGUGGAGAACUGCUUUUCUUCUUGAAUAAUUUUGAUAGGUCUUACUCGAGUGCAACUCAGGUUCUGUCUUUACUUGGGCUUGUAUCUUUUUAGCUUGGAUUAAUAAAGGGAGUCCAGAAAAAUUUAGAGAUUACAGAAAUUUAGGGAUCCCAGAUUUGAAGGGAUGUGUAUUACUUGCCCAGUGGUAGGCAUUGUGACAUAACAUAUUGGUAGCAAUAGCAGAUUGGCCUGCCAGGUUUCUGGGCACCCCCUUGCCUUAAGAUCCUGAAAGCAAAUUUGGUUUCAACACUUUGGGAGACUUUGUAAACUUGGGGGAACAAUUAGAGGAUAGGGAUGAUUUUAGAUUCACUUCUAGAGUUUGAAUCUGCUUGGGUAGAAGAGCCUAGGAUCUUGUUUAGCCUAGUAGAGGAUUCUAAGGACUAAUUUAUAGUUGACUGAAGAGCUAAAACUUGACUUGUGGUCCUGUGGCCUGGGCUGAGCCAUCUACGUCUCACCCUCAUUCUUCACCAUGUUGAGGCUUUCUGGGAAAGCCACUUUAGGUGGAGGAGUAAAAUGCAAAGUCGUUUACCAAGGGCCUGGUCUUGUGGGGGGCGGGGGUAUCUUUUUGGGUAGAAGAUGGUGUCUAUACCGGGUGAGUCCCAGAAAUGAGAGGAAGCUAGAAGAGCAUCAGUCCCUAAAUUCUUCAUGGUGUGUUUACAAACUAACUUACCAUAGAUUGUUUUGACUCUGAGAAGUUUGAAUCCAUUUUUGCCAGACACGGGACAGGCUCUGGGUUUCUCCUCCCUCCCGCAGCCAGGGCCGAGGGUUGCGGAAGCUUCCUCUGUCCAGCGUGGGUGCUAGCCUGUCAGGUGUGUCCUGACACUUCCUUCUCCUUGUAGGCACCCACCCAGCCGGACCUCUAAGAUAGGAAGAGCUCCUUCCUUUCCCCACUCAAGCAAGGCCAGUGUGACUGCCACUUAGGGAUCGCAGUGACUUGUGCAGGUGUAAGGGUCUUCCUUCUCCCAAGCUCUCCUCCGUGCUAU